ACUUCAACCUGUAUAUUUCUCUUCCCACUUAUUGUUUUCCAUUUUACUUUCUCUUCAAUUUUAAAGGUAAUAGGCGGCGAGUUGCAAGAACGCUUGAUACCGGUUCCCUAUAGCAAGAGCAACACUGAUCAAGCUAUACGUGUGGUGAACGCCUUCCGGCAAGGUCUAGACGCCCGUUACGGUGAGCACACCAACACUUCGCUGGCAGAGGUGCUGCGUAAGCAGACUUCGCUGAGCAAACGCCUAUCGGAGACAUCUUCCAUUGAUUAUGCCGAUAACAUACCCGAUGAGCUGACCAUACCAGAAAUCGAUGUUGAGCGGUUAUCAUCGCACAGUCACACCGAAACUGCUGUUUAGAUGGUUAAACGACACAGUUACAUGCAUACCUACAGUCAUCCAAUUGCCUACCAAUCCGUACAUUAUACCUACAUACGCAAACACAUACGUUGUACACACUCUUAGAUACACGAAUACAAUAUUAAUUAAGCUAACAUCCUUAAACAAAUAAUGAAAUUACGG